CACUUUCUAGGCCGCGAUGAUCUCUCACCGUCGAGCAGUCUCAAUGGCUAUUCGGCAAAUGAAAGUUGUGAUGUCAAAAAGAUCAAAAAGGGCCCAGCGCCGCGUCUACAGGARGAACUGUGUCUGGUGUGCGGCGAUCGGGCAUCCGGCUAUCAUUACAAUGCGCUCACCUGCGAAGGUUGUAAGGGUUUCUUUCGGCGCAGCGUCACGAAGAAUGCCGUAUAUUGUUGUAAAUUCGGGCGCUCCUGUGAAAUGGACAUGUAUAUGCGACGAAAAUGUCAAGAGUGUCGCAUGAAGAAAUGUCUGGCGGUGGGUAUGCGACCAGAAUGCGUGGUGCCGGAGAAUCAAUGCGCUAUGAAGCGACGUGAGAAGAAGGCGCAAAAGGAGAAAGAGAAACAAACUACUGGCAAUUCGCCGAUCAUAUGCAAAAGCGAAUCCAUUAAGAAUGAAAUACUCGAACUGAUGAACUGUGAACCGCCGUCGCAUCCAACAUGUCCGUUGCUACCUGAUGAUAUUGCGGCCAAGUGCAGGGCGAGCAACAUUCCGCCGCUCACGCGUAACCAGUUGGCGGUCAUAUACAAACUGAUCUGGUAUCAGGAUGGCUAUGAACAGCCAUCGGAAGAAGAUCUUAAGCGUAUUAUGAGCACCCCCGAUGAAAACGAAAGUCCGAAUGAUAUCAGCUUUCGGCAUAUAACCGAAAUUACCAUUUUGACAGUACAACUUAUUGUGGAGUUUGCAAAAGGUUUACCGGCAUUUACGAAAAUUCCACAAGAGGAUCAAAUCACGCUGCUGAAGGCCUGCUCAUCGGAAGUGAUGAUGUUGCGUAUGGCCCGACGUUAUGAUCACAAUUCGGAUUCCAUAUUCUUCGCCAAUAAUCGUUCAUAUACGCGUGAUGCGUACAAAAUGGCCGGUGUGGCCGAUAAUAUUGAGGAUCUAUUAAAUUUUUGUCGGCAGAUGUACUCGAUGAAGGUCGACAACGUCGAAUACGCUCUCCUCACUGCCAUUGUGAUCUUCUCCGAUCGGCCGGGACUCGAAAAAGCCGAACUAGUCGAAGCGAUACAAAGUUACUAUAUCAAUACGCUGCGCGUAUAUAUAAUUAAUCGACAUUGCGGCGAUACCAAGAGUCUGGUCUUCUUCGCCAAAUUACUCUCCAUAUUAACGGAACUGCGCACGCUUGGCAAUCAGAAUGCCGAAAUGUGUUUCUCAUUAAAAUUAAAGAAUCGUAAACUGCCGAAAUUCCUCGAAGAAAUCUGGGACGUACAUGCGGUGCCACCAUCCGUGCAAUCACACAUACAGGCAACGCAAGCCGAACGCGAAAGUGUGGAGGCCAACGCUUCCAUAGCAGCCACCACAUCCACAUCAGCCGCCGCAAGUUCGUCCGCCUCCGGUUCACCCACUGACAUGAUCGGCGGUGGCUUUGCGAAUCAUUCGCCCAAUUCCACAUCGGUAUCAACGAGCGCUAUCGGCAUGAACGGUGGUCUGUCGUCAGCGACGACGGCCGGUACGCCUAGCUUAUAUGGCAUGCCACUCAAACAGGAGUACAUAAUGGGUCCCGGCAGUGGUAUCGGUAUUGGCGGCAAUCUGACGCUCAAGUCAGAGCAUUUAAUUGGCAUGCAGCUGUCGGGUGACCAUCACAUGAUGGGCAUACAACUGAAGCAGGAACAUAUGAUGGGUGGUGUGGAUCACAAUACGGCGGCAUAGCAUCACGCGCACGUGCAACAACAGUCGCUACUGCUCGGUGGCAGUGGUGAAUGUAGUGGUAGUGGUGGUGGUGGUGUUGAUGGUGUUGUUGAYGGCCGAAUGUUGCACGACAACGACGUGCAUAUGGAUGACAGCAUGGAUGAUGCCAUGGAUGGUGGUGAUGUCGUUGUUGGCGGCGGUCAAGGGCUCGAAUGAGCUGUGUAGCAGCGCAGCUAGUGUGGCAACAAYGCGCUAAUUGCUUGUGAUACGC